AUGGCAUUGGUGUUGAAGGCCUUCUAUAUCAAGUUAGAUAUCAACAUUGGUUUCAGGAGAUCAUCAUGGCAGGAAUGUAUUCUUCCCGCAUUCCGCAAGUCAUGGCAUACUGUUUGGCAUUUGCAUGUCGCAUGGAAUACACUCAGCCAACCACUUCCCUUUCAACUUCGUAUGUAUGGUCCCUCUGACGCCGCCCAGGCAACCUGUUGUCCAAAUAGACAAUGCCCGGCCAGCUCUUAUGGUACCGUUGGUAUUGGUCUCCGCGCCGCGAAAUCGCUAACUACAUCAAUGGGAAACAAGAUAAGUAUCAACAGAAUGUUGACACAAGUUAUAUUUAUGUGA